GGCGGGGCAAAAGCACCAGGGGGAGGAGCUGAUUUUGGGUGUUGUGAAUUCGUGGAACCAGAAAUCUUGAGUGGGAGUAGUCAGGCCGAUUUGUUGUGCGUUUUUUCCAUCUGCUCGCACUAAUUAGCAAGACACUAGUCACAGCUAUGCCCGGGAUAGAAAAGCUCCCGUUGGAGGAGGCGCUGGAGGAUAGCCCGCAGACUCGCUCUUUGCUGGGGGUGUUUGAGGAUGACACUGCUGCCAUGGCCAACUACUGUACACAGCUGUAUGAGGCCAUGCAGAGGAUUUAUGAUGCCCAGAAUGAACUAAGUGCUGCGACACAUCUGACCUCCAGACUGCUGAAGGAGUACGAUAAACAGCGUUUUCCUCUUGGGGGCGACGAUGAGGUGAUGAGCUCCACUCUGCAGCAGUUUGCAAAAGUUAUUGAUGAGCUGAGUUCCUGUCACGCCGUCCUGUCCACCCAACUUGCCGAUGCGAUGAUGUUUCCAAUCACCCAGUUUAAAGAGAGAGACCUGAAGGAGAUCCUGACCCUGAAAGAAGUCUUCCAGAUAGCCAGUGAUGAUCAUGACACAGCCAUUAACCGAUACAGUCGCCUGUCUAAGAGGAAGGACAACGAAAAGGUGCGGUCGGAGUUGGUGGAGGACCUCUACACCUCCCGCAAGAAACAGCACCAGACCAUGAUGCACUACUUCUGUGCUCUGAACACGCUGCAGUACAAGAAGAAGACGGCGCUGCUGGAGCCGCUGCUGGGCUACAUGCAGGCUCAGAUCAGUUUCUUUAAGCUGGGCUCAGAAAACCUCACCCAGCAGUGGGAGGACUUCCUGGGAACGAUAGGAACCAGCGUCCAGAAUGUACGUCGGGAGAUGGAGGAAGAAGUGGGCCAGAUGCAGCAGACCAUCCAGCAGAUGGAAAGGUCAUGUGAUCCUCUGUAUACACCAUGCGACCCUGACCCCGCCCACUCACCUGUUGUCCGCAGCCUAACUAGGAAGCAGGGAUAUCUCUACAUUCGCAAUAAGACCGGCCUGGUGUCGUCAUCCUGGGAACGUCAAUACUUCUUCACUCAGGGAGGGAACCUGAUGCAGCAGGGUCGAGGCGAGGUUGCGGGGGGACUGGUCACAGACCUCGACAACUGCUCGGUCAUGGCCGUCGACUCAGAUGACCGCCGGUUCUGCUUUCAGGUCACUUCCUUUGAUGGCAAAAAAGUGGUGACUCUGCAGGCGGAGAGCAGGAGGGAAUGUGAGGAGUGGAUCGCCACCAUCAACAACAUCUCCAGGAGGAUCUACCUGAGUGAAAACGCAGAGGAGCUGGCGGCCCGAGUCAACCAAACCGCUCUUGAAGCAGUGACGCCUUCGCCAUCGUUCCAACAGCGACACGAGAGCAUGAGGCCCUGCAGCAAAGGACGAACAGGCCGAGCCAGCAGCAUUAGCUCUGUGGGAUCUGAGCCAUCUCCCGCUCUUUCUGUGCUCUCACUGGAUGCUCUGGUUGCCCCGGAAACGCCUAUACAGUUUGACAUAAUCUCCCCCGUCAGCGAAGAGAUCUCAGGGCAGAACAAGACGGCAGCGCAGCCCGGCAGAAGGAGUAACCCAUUUGGAGAGUCGGGAGAAAACUCGCCUGAGGAAAGUGAAGACUCGAUUCUCCACCAGCUCUUCAUCGUUCGUUUCCUCGGAUCCAUGGAGGUGAGAUCUGCCGAGUCAACAGAAGUCAUCCCAGAGACCAUGAGGCAGAUCUUGGCGGCGAGGGCAAUCCACAACAUCUUCAGGAUGACCGAGUCACACCUGCUGGUCACCUGCGACUGCCUCAAACUGAUCGAUCCUCAGACUCAGGUCACCCGACUCAGGUUCCCGCUGUCCAGCGUGGUCCAGUGUUCGUCCCAUCAGGACAACAAGAGGCUGUUUGGUUUUGUUCUGCAGGCGGCGGGCGAGCGGGGUGACGGUCGAGCCGUCUGCUACAUCUUCGAGUCCAACAACGAUGGAGAGAAGAUCUGUGACAGCAUCGGUUUGGCCACACAGAUCGCCUUCCACUCAGAGAUGGACCGUAAAGCAGUGGAGAAGAAGAAGGAGCAAGACAAGGCCAAAGAGAAACAAAAGGAAGAACUCAGCAAGCAAAGACAAAUAGAAAAGGAUCUAGAGGAGCAGAGUCGCCUGAUUGCCGCCUCAAGUCGUCCUGCAAACCCCCCUGCUUCUGAUGGACAGUUUUUGGUUCUCAGCAGCAGCCAAUCAGAGGAGAGCGACCCCGGGGAGGAGGGGAAGAAGAGGGGUGAGUCCGAAGCCUAACGACUCCAAGAGGAUUUUGAGUUUUUGGCUCUCAAGCGAGAUAGCAGCUCAGGAAUGGGAUAACCAGCUCGCUCGGGCUGACUGGGAAUAACAAAGGCUGCUCUGCUGUCUCUGCUGGACUCUGCAGUUUGUGAUGGAGGCUAAACCUAAUGCACCCUCACUGUAAGAGGAAGAAACAAGGACAUGCUUUUUUUUUGUGCAAAAAAUAAAUGCUGCUUUUAUACCAACUUCACAACAAAAACAAAAAUAUUUUAAUUCAGCAGUUUCUGUUUUUUGUUUAUUUUGUAUUAACUACUAACAAAAUAAUGGAGAAUAGUCAAACAAGUAGGAGGGAAAUGGGAGGAGGUGGUUUGAAUAGCAUCAGCUCUUGCUCAAAGGCACUUCAGCAGAAAGCUACGGAACCACCAAGAUCCCGCGGAGUGGCGGGAGAAAUUAUCUGAAGUUUUAUUUUGAAGAGGCCUUCCUGUCAUAACUUCUGAGGAUGAGCUUUGGUCCUGAUGAUGUCGUCAUUAGCUUCCCUUUUUUAUUUUACAUUUGAGUUAAACCUCAUUAGGAAACAUCCACACUGAUGAGUAAAAUAAUCAGAAUGUUUCUAACAAAAUCUUCAUUGUCUCUUGGUUUUAGACACUGAAGUGUGAAAAUCUUGCUCCUUCUUCUUCCUGUUGAAGUUUCAGGCACAAAUUCACACAUUUAAGUUUUCACAGACGGGUUUUUGUCUUUUAUAUUUCACGCUGACAUUUUACCUUCCACCCUGCCUCACUGCCACAACUUUUUCUCUGGUUGUAACCUAUAAGUUACAUUUUUGUUUAUUUUAGUGUAUAUUUUUGUUUGAACCUUCAGAAUUUGUUUAUAAAACCACUUAGUUGCUAAGGUUUUCUGACUUAUCAAACACACGAGUGGAAAUGAAAGAAACCUAACAAGGAGCUCACAGAAUAUUUUUUGAGAAUAAAAUGUGUUUGUUAAAGAGUUUUUUUUUUUUAGAUCUUAUCUCUUUACACUAAACUUUACUUUCUUGUGAAACACCCAGAAAGAAAAUUUAAGAAGUAAAACCUUUUAAACA